UCAUAACUCUUCCCUAUAAGUAUAGUCCUCCGGGACUCCAAAGUCUUUCACACGAGCAUCCAAAUUAAACUUCCCUAGAAGAGAAUGAUCAAGUUGAGAUCAAAGAGGCUGUUCAAGAGAAGUUCUAAGGUGAAUCACAGCGGCGAUGGAGCUAUCGAAGGCCAUGGUGGUGGCGGCGGUAUCCAAUGGGAGGUGCGGCCUGGAGGAAUGCUGGUUCAGAAGAGGGAAUGCGAAGAGGGAGGUGAUGAAGUAAUCACAGUGAGAAUAUCCACUGGAUUUAAUUCUCAUUACAUCUCCCUGGGAGCCACGGCCACAUUCUGGGAGAUGAAGAUGGCAGCGUCCAUGGUGACAGGAUUAGAGCCGAGGGAGCAGAGGCUUCUGUUCAGGGGAAAGGAGAGAGAGGACGAUGAGCAUCUUCACAUGGUGGGAGUCAGGGACAAGGACAAGGUGCUGCUUUUAGAGGAUCCUGCAAUUAAAGAGAGGAAGUUGAGAGCCAUGGCAGGAAUAAGCCAAGUGAUGAGCAGCCCUUGCCGCACCAUUAUCCAAGUGUAAGUAACUACACAAAAAUCAAGUUGGAUUUUGGUCAGCUCAGAGUCCUUAGAACUAACGAAACUGAGAAGCCAAGUAGUUUGUAAUUGGCCAGGUGAUGAAUUAACUAACUGUAAAGCUGUUGUAGAAGCUCCAGAGUCGCAUUCCUGAAUGGUUAAGUAAUGGAAUGAAAACUUGUGUUACUUCUGUUUCAUGUGGUUGAGGCAUCAAAUCAUCCGAUUCGAGAUAAUGAAGCUGGUAGCAUGAUCAUA